AUGCCUGACGAGAGUCCAAGUAAAAGAAAAAUUGAUUCAGACGAACUGACAUCAGUUCAAUUGAAAAGAACAAAGUCGAUUGCUCAUGAUGAUUUACGACAAUCUAUUGUAAAAGAAAUUACAAAAACUUUUGAAGAACGAAUUCUGAAAUUGGAAGCAAGAAUUCUGAAAUUGGAGGAGGAAUUUCCAAAUGAAGAAGAAGAAAAGUCAGAAGAAGAGAAGGAAGAAGAGAAAGAAACAAAGAAAGAAAACGCAGCAAGUAUAGACAAUCAACAACCAGACAGGAGGAUAUUAAAUAAAGAGCCACCACCACUUCCUAAAAGACAAGCCACUUUUGGAUCCAACUCGUUCAGCUUUUCUCCAGGAAAGAUCACACCAUUAAACUCAUUCAAUGAUACAAACACUGUUCCUAACAGCCCUAAACCAGUAUUUGGCGCCACUACGUCUUUUGGAAACAUGAAUAAAUUAAGUGCUAGCUCAACACCAGAACCAGCAAAAUCAACAAUCACCACCACAUCAUCAUCAUCGACCACAUUAUCAAAACCAACAACAUCCACCCCAGCUACCUUUGGAUCUGCAUUUGGCUCCAACACUCGAUUUUCCAACGCGUUUCAAGAUUCGAUUAAGAAAAAGUCAUUCCUUGACAAAGAGGAUGACAAACAAUCAACUGUUGAUAACAACAACAAUGACAAAGACAAAGAAAACGACAAUAACACCAACAACGUAUCGAAACCACAAGAAUUCAAACAAGUUGACUUGGUACCAGUGGAGCAAACAACCGGUGAAGAAGAUGAAAUAUCACAUUUUAACUGUACAGCCAAGAUAUUCGAGUUGAACUUAUCAAAAAUCAGCGAAGGUUGGAAAGAGAGAGGUGUGGGACCAUUGCAUCUAGAUCAAUCGAAAGCAGAUAAACGACAAAUUAGACUAGUCAUGAGGUCACAAGGGUUAUUGAGAGUAGUAUUGAACUAUAAAAUAACCGCAGAUACUGAGAUAUUGAAAGGAUUAGAAGCAAGUUUGACUCCAGGUAAGUUUCUCCGUUUAAACUCUGUCAAUUCUGAAGGAACCCCAAUCCAGUACUUACUAAAAUUUGGAUCAGAGAAUUUGCGCAAUGAAUUAGUAGAUAAAAUUGAUGCUUUAAAGGAGCAAAUCAAAAAUUAA